GGAUAUUUUAAGAUAUUUCUAGAACCCGACCCGGUUCACACUUUUUUUUAUUUCCAGCGGCCGUCUCUUCUCCGCUCAUAUCGUCGCUCGGAGCUCCUAGAUCGCGUAGUUUCCUUGCGCGUGUGACACCUUCUUCCUCCUCCGGGUUCAGGUCGAAAUCUUAGGAAAAGACCAAGAGCCUUUGUUUCAGCAAGCCAUGGCCAAGCAUCAUCCUGAUUUGAUCAUGUGCCGGAAACAACCUGGAAUCGCCAUCGGGAGGUUGUGCGAGAAAUGUGAUGGCAAGUGCGUGGUCUGCGACUCCUACGUCCGCCCCUGUACGCUGGUUAGGAUCUGCGAUGAAUGCAACUAUGGUUCGUUCCAAGGACGGUGCGUCAUAUGCGGAGGGGUUGGAAUCUCAGAUGCUUACUACUGCAAAGAGUGUACACAGCAGGAGAAAGAUCGAGAUGGUUGUCCCAAGAUUGUCAAUCUCGGGAGUGCGAAGACUGAUUUGUUUUAUGAACGUAAGAAGUAUGGAUUCAAGAAACGAUAGAUUGUUUUGAUUACUCAGGGGUGUUCAUUUAUUAUCCUAUGUAAGUGUCUGUACUCGUCUGUGUUUAGGCAUUGAUUCAAAGAAAAGACCAUUGUUUGUUACUCUUUGUUAUGGUUGUUUAAUGUCUAGUAUGUGAUUGUUCCUCUGCAAAAA